CCCUGCUGCCCUUCUCUAUCAUCAGCAACGAGGUGCUGCUCUCCUUCCCCCAGAACUACUACAUCCAGUGGCUGAACGGGUCCCUCAUCCACGGCCUCUGGAACUUGGUCUUCCUCUUCUCCAAUCUGUCCCUCGUCUUCCUCAUGCCCUUCGCCUACUUCUUCACUGAGUCAGAGGGCUUUGCGGGGUCCAAGAAGGGCAUCAUGGCCAGGGUGUAUGAGACCUCGGUGGUGCUGCUGCUGCUGACGCUGCUGGUGCUGGGCAUGGUCUGGGUGGCCUCUGCCAUCGUCAGCGACGAUGCGGCCAGCCGGCAGUCGCUCUACGAUCUCUGGGAAUACUACCUGCCCUACCUCUACUCCUGCAUCUCGCUCUUUGGUGUGCUGCUGCUGCUGCUGUGCACCCCCUUUGGCCUCUCCACCAUGUUCACUGUCACAGGGAAGCUGCUGGUGAAACCUCGGGGCAUCUCCGUGCUCAUCGUUUGCUUCCACGUCCUGGAGCUGCUGCUGGACGAUGCUGCGAUGCCACGAGGCAUCCAGGACGCGUCCCUGGGCCAGGUCUCCUUCUCCAUCUUCGGUUCUUUUGGAGCUGCCCUGCAGGUCAUCCUCAUCUU